AUGAAUCUAAAAGGCAAGCGUGCUACAAGCGGUAUUUUCGAUGUAUCAAAAUUUGUCAAUACGCAAGUCUUUACAGUCGACUCUGAUCAAAACAAUUUAUCAUCAUCUUUGAAUAAUGUAUCUGAUCACUAUUUAUGGUUAAGCAUUGGUGAACCUCUUAGUUAUGCACUAGCUUAUGUGGUAAUCUAUCGACCAGAGGAUUCAAUAGAAUUCAUUGCUAACUAUUUAAUCAAUUGGUCACGUAAUAAGACAUAUCAAAAAUUGAUUAAUCAAGAAACUAAUAAUAAAUCGACGUCUAUUGAAAUAUAUCAACAACAAUGUUUUAUUAAUGAACAACAAAAAAUUGAAGCUAAACGUUUAUUAAUUGAACGUAAAGAAAAACAACAACAAGAAAUAGUUUAUGAAUAUAAUAAACGUUUAUUUACAUCAUAUCAAUGGGAUUUUUAUAUUAAUCCACGUACAGAUGAUGAACGAGAACCAUGCAAUCAUUUUGAAAAGCAACAAAUUUAUCAACAAAUUCAUACAAAAAAUAUUCAAUCAUAUAUUCAUACACAUGAUACAGCCAGUGGAUUUGAUGAUGAAAUGAUGAACAAUCAAGAAAAUAAUAAAAAUCGUAUUUGUCAUGAUGGUAAUCUAUCAUCUUUUACAUAUUUAUCGAAAUUCAAGGACAAACUAAUUAAAUGUGAUGAGUAUUAA